GGUUGCAGCCGCCAAGCUCCAACGGUGGUGAGACAGCUUCAACAACGCCGGUGCAGCGAGUUCCAUGACAACUUGACGAUUUCGGACAACGACGUCCAGGUGCGAACACAUAGAAUUGCGGCUAGCAAUAGUCGCCGAUCGGGAUCAUUGACGGCGAUCAGUGGAAUUCAUAGGCUUGUUCAUUUGAGAUGGAAAAAGGGAACGAGAAUAUGGGAAAGGGAAAACAUGGGAUUGAGAAUGGUAGAGAUGAAGAGGCUACUGGGGGCUUUGAAGAAGUGAAUGGAGAAGAAGGAUACAGACAAACCGUUCUUUGAGCUUGGGAUGGUGUUCACUAAUAUACGCGAGGUCCAUAAAUCGACUACAACUGAAGACGCUAACUGAGCAUACUUGUUCUCAACAUUGGAGGAAUAGUAGGGUUAGAGCUGAAUUCAUUGCAAUGAAGUAUAAGAGAACCAUUAGGUGUAAUCCCCGAUGGAAGCUUAGGGAAAUGCGGGCAACGAUCAGGGAGGAUAUUGGCACGGAUGUGUACCAAUCUAUUUGUGAAAGGGCAAAGAAACUAGUGCUUCAGAAGACUCAAGGGUGCUAUGUAGAUGAGUUUGGUCUUCUUUGGACAUAUGCCGAGGAGAUGAGAAAAGCAGAUCCUGGAACAACAGUUAAGAUCAAGGUCGAUCGUCUCAACCCCGAGAACAAGCCUCUUUUCCAACGCAUGUAUGUGGGUUUUGCUUCAUUAAGGAGGGGUUUUUUACAAGGGUGUCGACAAAUAAUUGGCUUGGAUGGUUGCUUCCUUAAAGGAUUAUGCAAAGGGGAGUUAUUGUCAGCAAUUGGUCGUGAUGCAAACGACCAAAUGUACCCUAUUGCAUGGGCUGUAGUUGAGGUGGAAUCAAAAGAUUCUUGGUCUUGGUUUCUAGAACUGUUAGCUUCUGAUCUGAGUUUGGGAGAAGGUAGUGGUUGGAGCAUCAGUUCUGACCAACAAAAGGGAUUGAUUCCAGCAAUAGCAAGUCUUCUACCAGCAGCAGAGCAUCGUCUUUGUGCACGGCAUAUCUUUUGCAACUGGAGGAAGGUUCACAAAAAUCUAGAAUGGCAUCCCUAUUUUUGGGAAUGUGCCAAGUCAACUACAGUUAUGAAAUUCAACCAUGCUUAUAAGAAGUUAGAGUCUAGAAAUAAGAAAGCGGCACAGGACAUGGUUCGUGUGCCAAAAGAGCAGUGGUGUAAGGCAUUCUUUUCAACCAUGGUAAAAUGUGACUCCGUCGACAACAAUAUAUCAGAGACAUUCAAUGCAAGCAUAGUUGAGGCGAGGCAUAAACCACCGUACAGCUUGUUGGAUGAUAUACGCGUUCUCACCAUGGAGCGGAUUGCUAAAAAACAAGAGGCGGCUUCUAAAUGGACUUCCCCAUUUUGUCCGAAGAUAAUGAAGAAGCUCGAGAUUAAUGCGAAAGAAAGUAGGAUAUGUCGAAUUGUGACUUGUGGGAAUCAUGAGUAUGAGGUGAACCAUGGUGACGAAAGAUACAAACUGAGACUUGGAGCUGAGACGUGUUCAUGCAGAGCUUGGGAUUUGAGUGGGAUCCCUUGUCCCCAUGCUAUCACGUGUCUUGUGUAUGAGGGUAAAGAUCCUGUGGAUUACAUUUCCAACUGGUACUCUGUGGCCAAGUACAACGCCACUUACUCGAACACCAUGUCAGGGAUGGAUGGACCAAGACAGUGGGUGCCAGUUAAUUUGGAUCCGAUUCAGCCACCCCCAUUCAGAGCAAUGCCUGGCAGGCCAAAAAAGAAGAGAAGGCUUUCCGCUGAUGAAAUCUUGCAGAAAGACAAGAAAAACCCUCACAAGUUAAGCAGGGUGAAUCGGAUCAUCUUUUGUUCAAAAUGCAAACAAUCUGGGCACAACUCACGUACUUGCCCAACAAAGAAUGCUCCACCAGUGGCUUGUGCAACUUCUGUUAGAGCAUCGCAAGGACCUACUGGAAGAGGAAGAGGAAGAGGGAGAGGGAGAGGGAGAGGAAGCAGUAGGGGAAGGGGGAGAUGAAGAUGGUUACGUACUAUUCUAGUGACUGAAUAUUAUAUAGUCUCAUUGUCAGCUUUUUCUUCACAUAUUUCCUUGUCCUCUUACGAAUAUGAAUGUCUGGUAGUGGGAUUUUAUAUUGAGCUACAAUUCAACUUGCAAGAAACUCCAGGAAACAAGCAUAUAUUAAUGUGACCUAUUUCCCAUUUCAAC